GCUACGUACCGCGUCGCGCCACUGGUUGCCAACUUAGCAGCAAGGAAAAGCAAGUGCGCCCGCGCGACCGACCGGCCGAACGGCCAAACGGCCAAACACCCGAUCGCUAUACAACACCUAUAACGUAGAGUGUAGUGUAGAGUGUAGAGAGAAGAACUGCCUAGCCGCGUAGAGGCGCUACCUCUGCCGCGCCAACUUUAUAUCUAAAGCUUUUAGAGACGCUCAAUUCGAAUCGAAUCGAAUCGAAUCGAAUCUAAUCGUAUCGAAUCGAAUCGAAUCAAAUCUUUCCCUUCCUAACAUAAACUAUGUUACGCCCGUUCAAGUUUCAUCAGAAAUUACAGAACAGUUAAUCGGACAUAGACCUCUACCUACGCACGAAUCCAGUCAUGUUUCCGUGUAAUCAUGUUGGAUGACUUUUAUCGUGUUCCUUCAUAGAGCAAUGACUUUUCGACUAGUUGAAUCAUCAUCGAAUAUUUUUCUUUGGCAGUUGAACGUUAUAGUAGCUAGCCGAAGAUAGACGUAAAAGGUAAGGUAAGAUAGACCGGAAAGGAUUCGCAUAAAAUUUUCAUCCUGAAACUUGCUACUCGACCGUUUGCUCUCGGUUUGUUCUCUCCCUCCUGGUCUCGCCCUUUGCCUUUUUCCCUUCUUCACCUUCUUCACUUCGACGACUCAUACGUGACUCUAAUUUUGAUACGUCAACAAAAUUUACUCCAUGCUACUCUACAUGUUCUCCUAUUACGUUGCAAACAAUCUGGUGGGUUGAUGAAUUUCAAAGAAAAUGUUGAAAUAGUUUCGAGUACGCAAACUCGAACCACGGCACACGGUUCGCUGAAGAAUCGUAUCCAACGCAGAGACGCAGAGAGGACGAUAUCCGUCUCAUGAGUUUUCUUUACCAGACAACCUUUGUAAUAAUCUAGCGGCGUUGUAAUAUUCCUCCUCUACGCGCCUUCAACCAUAGACAAAAGAGUUAUUGUCUAGUAUUCCUAAGGUAUACCGAGUUCGUUGUUCACCGUAGAUAUACAAGGAAAAGAAUAACGAACCAGCUAUCUGCACUGGACACGAUGUUCGUUCCUACUUGACAGAAGAAAAAGGAAAAAAGGGAAAAAGGGAAAAAAGAGAGAAAAGGAAGAAAAGCGAACGCGUACGGAGGACACAUUAUUAGGCGAAAGUAGACGGUAACCGUAACCGUAACCAGCAGGUUUAUUAAUACAACUACGGUUUGCUUGUUACUCCCUCAAAAUAUCUAGGUACAAAUCGAUACAGACCACCACCCAGCUGUUCUGUGUUUAUUUUUUAAUUUUUCUUACUAUUCUUCUGCUCGAUACGAACGAAAGAACAACGUUUUGUUUUCUUUUAUUUCAUUUAUUUCAUUUAUUUAAUCGUAAGUAUUAAACGGACGCGGACAGUGAAAAUGGAGAAAAGAAGAAAGCAAAGGAUGAUGGAAGCGGACCCUUUAACCAGCUGUUGCAGGUACGGUGUGGUAGCUCGCCUUAAAGACACACGCAGCCAGGAAUAUCGAUCCGACCCGACUCGACCCGACUCGACCCGACCCAACUCGAAUUGCAUCUGAUCCGACUCGAAUCUGAAUCGAUUCGAAUCGACUGAACGCAAUUUAACUUUACUUCAUUUUUCUCUUUUUCUCUUUUUCUUUUUUUCUCUUUUUGUCGAAUCUGGCAUGAAAAUUUUCAUUCUCAAUCAAGUUCAAAUUGAUUGGAAUCGGUGUAAGCCGGCAACAUAACCAAGCGUUUCCUACGAACCAAUACAAAUUUCUUCUACUUUCUAUUUAAUUUUUCAAGGAGGAAUUUCGUAGAGAACAAUUCGCGUUGAAAGUAAUCUCAGCUAAAGAGGCAACGGCCGACGCGACGCGACGCGACGCAUUGAAAUUAUUCCGGCGACGUUGCCCUUAUUUCGUCUUCCCAGUUUCCACUUUCCACUUUCCACUUUCCAGUUUCUAGUUGCUGCGGCAAACGAGAACUAAUUAACAGCGACCGAUAAUUACGUUAUGUCAAUCGAAUUAGCUAUCAGACUAGCAAAGUAAGCCUAUAGCGACGCGUACUUGAAAAACGAGCACAUUGUACGAGAUGUACUCUGGUAACGCAGAUACCAGUGCAUAAUAGUGUCGCGUCGCCUCUCUUAUUAUGUAUUCUACUGGAAGGGAAAGAGGACGAUAUCGAACAGACAUACGGACAGAUAGAAAAAAGUAGCUAGAUAAUAGGGAGGCAGGUACUUAAAUGGAGGGUAACCGAAAGGAGUUUGGCCACGAAAUUAGAUGAAUCAGCAGAGGGGCAGGAAGGGAAAAAAGGAAAUGACGGAAGAGAAAAUGAACUUUGUUACAUCCAUUGCGAGUUUGCCAAGCUUGCCAAGCUUGCCAAGCUUGCCACGAUGAUUCUAUAUCGGUCGCCAUGGAAACAACUGAAAGGAAGCUACUCGAAGCGAAGCCUGGAGUUUGUUCGAAGGGAAACUUGGCAUAUACUUAGGUUAAACAUUUACAGUAUCAGAGAGGAGAAGAUGGAAAAUAAGAAAAGGAGACGUUAAAUUGCUAAAUCGUUCGAUGAGGAUCAGACGAGAAGCAGACGGAGGCAGAACGAGUCGCGGAAAACAGUUUUACGUGCAAGCCUGAAGAGCGACGGAUGACGAGUGCAAGAAAACUCUCCAGUUACAAUACAGCCACGUCACGUCGUACUCGUAGACGUCGCUCGUGCUUCCCCUUCAUGGUUUCGCGACUCUUCAACCCCUUUGCACAGCCUCUUGUUACACGGUUACCCUGCCCUUCUUCCCUCUUUAAGGCUUCGUUUAGGAUGGGGUUACCGGUCGUUACGGCCAGUUUCGAGGGUACUCUUUCCACGCGCACACGACACGACACGAAACACGGACCCGUACACGCUAAGUAGGCGCAUCAAAAGAAGAAAAGCCUCUUUCGCUCGUUUUUUUCUCCCUAACCUUCCUCUCCUCUCUCCCUUUCUCCCUAUCUCCCUAUCUCCCUAUCUUUCCUUUUCCUCUUCUUUCUUACACUUUUUUUUUUUCCUCUCUGUUAAGAUCAACAUCCACUCUGAUAAACUAAGCGAACUAGAUUGUAAGAAAUAAAAGCGCAAACCGUACUAGUCGUAAAUCGAAAAGGCUCAGGAAUGGGUAAAGGAGAACCGAUCGGCAUCGAACGUCCUACUACGUAGUUACGUAUAGGAAAUAAUGUUACCUAAUGGUUAGGUAGGAAGCGAGUUGCAUCGAGACGGUAACCAGUUGAGGCGCAUAAAGAGAAUCUUUCGUUAACGGACAGACAAAGGGAGACAAAGGGGAUGGCUGGAUAGAGACGAAAGGAGAAACAAAACGCGAGAUGGACGAAUAGGGCGAGGUGAACAGAGCCGAAGCAUGACAGACGAGAUACGUCGAUGGCGGUCUAUGGGCGCAAGUGCCGAUAACCAAUUUCAAAUCUUUCGAAAGAAUUCCUCUUGUUUCCCCUAAAAAAAGGAUACAUUUGCUUGAUGAAAGCACGGUAACGUGUAAUUUAUAAUUAAUCAGAACUAGUUAGCCGUGGAAAAUAGUUGAACGUGUCAAUGUUUGCACUCUCUCAUUAUUUGAUAGCUGUCUCGCUGAAUUGAACGACGCGACGCGAACGCGGCGCAUUGCGACAGUUUACUCGUCAACCAGUCAACAGAUGCGCGUAAAUUGUCUAGAAAUAAUCUCGCUUUGUUCAACUAUUGUAACUUGAAUAUUGUGCAAUCUCGUAAACGGGAAUGCAAAAAAGGUUUCAGGAAUUGGCAACAGUAGUGGUGAGUCGUCGAGGUGACGAAAAGUAAAACACUAGAAGGUUUGACGCGUCCAUUAGCUCGACUCGACUUUGCCUAUCGAAUAUAUGUAUUUACAUACAUAUGUCUCUGUCGGUAUGUCUAGCGAUCGAAUUUCUGCAUUUUACAGCGAGAGUCUACUUUCUCGAGCGUACACCGAUGGUCGUUGAGUUUUAGCGACUUCGUCCGCCAAUCUGACACGAAAAGGGGAAAUAGAAAACGCUCGAGUGUAAAAUUGAACAUUUUUAGGCAAGAAACGAUAUAAGAAAGAGCAACGCAUAGGUAGACGAGGAAACUGGAACUGGAAAUGGAAAUGGUAAUGGUAAUAAAAAUAGAGGAGGUAAGGGAAAUGGUGCGAAAAAGCGGCAGAAAUCGGCCGUGAGUUGGCCGAUACCGAUACGAGUGGCGACAUUGACGAAAGGCAGGCGUCUACGAACGAAGGCAGGCGUCGCUUUGCGCCGCGUCGGUGGUAGGUAAAAGCGUUCACCUGGUCGCGGUAACGACGCGAAUGUGUCGGUGCACGGAAAAGGAUCAAUGAGCAGGUUCAAUAACCUGAAAUCCACUUGACGUCCGACUACCUACAUAUUGGUACGAGUGACUACGUCGCUUCAACAACCAAAAUAGAUAUUCAUUUUCCAAGAGUGCUAUUUUCCCAGCCAGACACAAAUCCAAUACCGUCGAUUUAAGUGCUCGGCUCCGGUCAAAGACCCGACAACGGCACCUUUCCAAAUUGCUCGACACUUUUUCGCUCGAAAUUACAAGGAACCAAGCGAUGCGAUUAACUGUCGUUGUCACAGCAGCCGAAACUGUAAGGCAACCUUCUUCUGGAUUAAACAACUCUUGGAUUAAAUACCAGUAGGGCAUAUUUCGGGGCAUACGAACCGAGGCGAGGGUGAACCAAUUGGCGAGCGCGCAAACAGUCCUUACCACGGAAAGACUAUAAAGGGAAUUGAAAAGUAUCGUUAUCGUUAUCGUUACCACCUCGUUAGAAAGAUCGAAACAGGCGACAAUCGAAUCGAUUCGCAUUUGUUAUUAAUCGAACGAUCAACAAAACGGUGAAAGAAAAGGUUAAUCUUGUCAAGUUUUCCAGCUGGAAAUACAUAUGAAGCAAUGGCUUUGUGGAAGCGGGAUCGCAAGGAGGAGUCGGGAGAGGAUUCCGAAGAGCGUACAGAUUCUAGCAGGCAUUCAAAGGCAAACCCGGAUUCGAAUUUCGACUCGGAUUCGAAUUCCAACUUGGACGGGGAUUCAAAGAAGCUAGAGCAAGAUGAUAUGACGUGUUGCCAUCGAAUAACCGUGUGUAGUCCUGUGAUACGAGAGUUGCUGGUAACGGAACCCGUAUCGAGAUACUUGGGACGGCACGUGACAUGGGCCCAUUUCUUCUCGACGACCAGCAACAUGGCACUCGCGACGAUCGUUUGGGCAUUCUUGUAUUUCCUACUGGGCGAUACGAUGCUGCCGACCAACGAUGGUUUCGGUUUAUACGUUCUCGUUAUAUUUUCCUCUUUCCUCGGUCGCUCUUUAUCCUCGAUCCCGUACUUGAAUCUUCCUCCGGUAUUCGGGAUGCUGUUAGCCGGUCUAAUCGUUCGUAAUACUGGACUGUUCAACAUCCAGGAGGAGCUCGGUGUCGCAAACACCGCUAAAAUUCGAACCUUUUGUCUGACCUUUGUCGCGAUACGAGCAGGACUUCAAUUGUCUACCACCAGCCUGAAGAGGAACCCGAUCUUCCUAAUCAGCUUGGCCAUCAUACCUUGCACGAUGGAGAUGUUUGGAGUCACCCUGUUCUGUAGAUACGUUUUAUUCUAUUCUUGGAACUGGUCUUUUAUGACCGGAACGAUACUCGCCUGCAUGUCGCCGGUAGUGACGGUCAACUGUGUCCUAGCUUUGGCCGAACGAGGUUACGGGGAGGACAAAGGACUCGCCGCGAUACUCUGCACCGCUGCUUGCAUCGACAACGUGCACAUGAUCUCUCUGUUUGCCGUCUGCUACACCAACCUUUUUUCCAACGAUCAAGACAAAUCGGAAUGGUGGUCUUACAUACCCGCUGGCCUUCGUGACACGUUACUGGGAAUCGGAACGGGUCUUUGCUUAGGCAUUUUCUUCGUCUUUUUCCCACAUCGUAGCUACAAAUACGCGACCAGUUAUCGCAUCAUAUGCCUGGUAUCUGCCUCUCUGAUGUGUACCACGGCCAUGGCGGAAAUAUCCAUCUCGGGUGGAGGAUUCUUGGCCAGCAUGGUUCUAUCGUUUAUCGCCAUCACCGGUUGGAAAAUCUUGUCUGAUUCUUUCGACACGGCUCCAUUUCGGCAGGCGACCUAUAUCCUUUGGCAGUUGGUGCAACCGAUUUUAGUUGGAGUAAUCGGCGCCGACAUUAAUUUUAACCAUUGGACCUUGUCUAGAUUAAGCCUCCAUCUAUUGUGCAUCCUAAUUGGGCUAUCGGUACGAAGUCUUACUAUCCUCUUCGCCAGCUUCCGGAGUCCGUUUACGUGGAAAGAACGGCUGUUUGUGAUCGUCUGUUGGCUACCGAAAGGCACCCUACAGGCGGCUAUGGCACCAAUGGCGUACGAACGAGUUCGACAUCGAGCAAACGGUCGGAUGAUCGAGUUGGCUGUCGACGUGGUUAAAGUGUCCGUCCUGACCAUGCUGUUUCUCGCACCGAUCGGUGCGAUCCUCAUAAACCUUACUGGACCUAUUCUUCUCAACAAAAUAACCAAGGAGGAACAACGAAGAAAACGCGAGCUGAGUUACCUUCGAAUCCUUAGCCUUCAACCUUUUUCGCAUCAGUCAGUCAGAAAAAAGGAAAUAAAGCGGCGGCUUUCGGGCGUUGUGACCGCUUGAACGACCGCUUCCAUUCCGUCCUACCGAUUUUACCUGUCCCCUACGCUCCGCUCCUUCGUCAAACAAUACCCAUCGUUCCUUCUCUUUUCUUAUCUCUACAAAGCUUCUCAAUAUUUUUCCUCUUUCCUUUUUCAGCCGGCUUUCUUCUCUAUUUCCCAUUGCUUUAUUUAUUACAAUAAUUAACCAAAUAUUUGCGGAUUAACCGAACAUUUUCUAAAUUAACGUUUACGCGUUUUUAUUCUUUUCCCUUAUUGUUUUUGUUUUCUUCAGAUGUUUUCAAAAUUAAUUUCUUUACAUCGCAUUAACCAACUUGUUCAUUCAUUGUUGGGCUUACUUUGCAUAUCAUGUAUGUAUACAUAUGUAUAAGUAAGUAUGUACAUGCAUACAUUGUACAUAUGGACAAGUGACGCCAUCCAUUGGCGAGCUAGAAAACUAAUCUCUGUCGUUCCGAAAAUCUUGAAGAGUCGUGCCAGAAAUUUUCACUUUCUUAUUAAUCAGAC